AUGCCUCAGUCGCCUCACCCUUGCUACGGCCCUGCGCACGAGUAUACACAAAAUGACGAAGUAAAGAAAACUGUUCGAAGUAUAUAUGCGUUAGCACUGGUACGUACUGAAGAAAUAGAUGAAUGUUGGUCAAUGAUUCAUGCUGAAGCACCAGUUAAUGAAUACCUAAUGAAACUUAUGGACUAUUUUGUGGAUACAUAA